AAAUUUCUGAUGAAAUCCUCUUAAAAAAAACGAGGCUGAGAAGGGAACUGGCAAACGUGAAAAGAAGGAAAUGAGCGGCAAGCAGAAAGUAUGGUGUUAAUCAAUUAUUACUGUCAGUUAUUUAUAAUAUAGUAAACGUCGCAAACAAUUCAAUCUUGCUGUUUCCAGUUUUUUAUGUGUUAAAGGGCAGUUAUCUAACACCAGCCAGCUAAACGUCGAUUACGUUCGAAGGUAUUUCAUAGCGUUGCUUGUGAGCUAUUCUUCCGUAUUCUUGUCUCGCCUGAAUUUCGCUUGUACAACCAGUCGACCAAAGAAUUUGAUUAACGUAAACCGAAAGCGAAGAGAGAAAAUGGCUUGUUUUUCAUCAUACGCCUUGGAUUCCACGUCUUGUUCCAGCGCAUCGUUCUCCUCGAGUUGCUUCUUUUCUUGUCUCGCUGUGCCGCCCGCCGUAAUGAAUCCCGCGAUCCAGAAUAAGCACGGUCACCCUCAGAGAAAGUACUCCGCCACGAACGCCGUCAAUGCCGGGAACAACAUGGAAGACGUCGUGCACUGGGCUGCAACGAGAACAAGCCGGUAUGUCGUCCUCGGCGGUUGCUAAACGAAAAUGGACAUUUAGAUGAAGAUUCAGCAGACUGAGGAUGUAAUACAGUGUGCACAAUGGUCUGAAUUUAAACCGCGAAGCAAGCUAGCUGUAAUAUUGCAUAUUUUAUAUGUACAGCUAGCUGUCACAGUAUUAUAUUCACAUAGUUGUGCAAUCUGUACGGGAGCUCAUAACGUUGGUUAGCGAGCUACGGGAAGAGAUAUUUAUUUUAUUUAACUUAGCUAGCCACUUCAAAAAUAGUAGAUCGUAUUUAGCUAUCUGUAUAUUUUUUAUUUUUGCACUCGUGACGUUAGCCAGAUAUUUGCGGAAACAUUAACGGGCUAGCUAAAUUCAUUUUCCUCAUGCAUGUGCAAGAGAAAUCUAUGUGGUCUAUUUUUUUAAAAACCAACUGUAGUCACUACUUGGGACGUUUGUUAAUCGUUUUAGGUUUAUAUAUACAAAGUCAGGAUGUUUAAGGGGAUGCAUUCAGACGGACUUUAUCGCAAAGAGAAUGCCGCGCCAGCGGCAGACCCCGGCCUUAGCGUAACCACACUCCGGCAUGCUAAUCAGGAUAGCCCGUGGAUUGGCAUUCUGUCGGUGGUCUCUAGGCCUGCUCUGGCUUUCCUGCAAAAGUAUUUCCCGGGAAGCCCCACCACGCCUAAUGGCGUUUCUGGCUGGCAGGAUGGAGAUAUUAAACGACGCUUUAAGGGCAAAAAUGCGUUUUUAGAUCAACCUGACUUAAUUCCCGAAGCGGAGCGCGAUCUCGCCUACCACCUACACUACCAGUCGGGCACUAAUGGCAUUUGCUCUUCCUCAACGGCAGCUGUGAGCUGGUUGAGUGCCGACUCCCUCCGAGAGUUAGGAAUUAACGAUAGCGCCGACAUUGACGUAAAUAUGAGACAGCAAACAUCUGCAGUGGGAUACUUGGCAUCGGUUAAAAAUGUCAUUAGUCACGUUUUGGUGAACAAAGUUUCAGGACAGGAUGUGACUGUAAAAAACCCAGAAUACCACCGAGGUUUGGCAAGGGAUGACUGGCCGUCAGACCCGGUCUCGGUCGCAUCGCGAGCGAAGAGCAACUGGUUGUGGGACGGGAUCUGGGGAUCUGCUGACAGUUCGCAAGGGUGGCUGUCAAGUUUUUUAUGGAGAGCAUGCUCUGUGGCGUCAGAUCAGCAUUGUCCAGAAAUUGACAGCGGCAUCCAUUGUCAGCGGGCUGAGUCUGGUACAACCGCCGGCGUUGCCAAGCCAACGGAUCUGUUUGAACAGCGCGACUAUGGAGAGCCGAUUCACGGCGAAAGCGCUGGACCUUCCAGCAACAAAGGCGAGCCCGAUAAUGGUAGCCGUCAGUCGGUCCGACCGGAAUCCCUCCCGAGCUCCGAAAAGACCCUGUUAGUUUGUCAGCCGGUCUGUGAACGCCUUACCGGCAUAAGAGCGGCCACCGCCUGCAGUGAGGUGGCGGUUCUUACCCCGGAUCAGGACAAUGGGUACUCAAGUUUGGAAGAAGAGCACUCAAACUUCAGGAUGCAUUUAGUGGAGCCUGCCUGUCCCGAGCAAGCGCGUUCAGGGCCAGGGGAGGGGGCAGAGGAGCUAGCUUUACCUGCGGAAGGUCGCACGUCUGUGGAGGCAGGCGCUGGGGAGCUCUCUGACGUGGAGGCCACCUCGGCUGGGAGGGAAGGAGAGGAGGCGUCCGGUGAGUCUGACCUCUCUGACCUUUCGGACACCGACGAGGAGGCGGAGCCAGAGGUGCUGACCCCGCCCCACCCGCAGGUGCCCGGCUGCCAGAACAAGGCCAUCGCCUACAUCAUGGGCAGCCCGUGCAGCGAGGGCAGCGAGUCGGAGCUGGAGGAGGACAGCGACUGGGACAGCCAGGACGACGACGACGGCUUCGACAGCGAGGGCUCGUCCGACUUCUGCGACUCGGACGACGAGGAAGAGGAGGAGGAGGAGGAUGCGGAAGACGGGGAGUCGGACGCGGAGGAGGCGGACGGCGAAGUGGAGCAGCUGUGGAACUCGCUCUGCCGAAGCGGGGAUCCCUACGACCCCCGAAACUUCACGGCCGCCCUCCGGACCACGCCCGCACGGGGCGUGGCGCAGGGGGAGGAGGAGGAGGAGGAGGUCCCGGAGGAGGGUCCCUGCUCCCUGCGGCCCCUCCCCCCGGAGGAGGAGAGCUGGGAGGAGGCCAGCGAUGUGGACGAGGCGGAGAGCCUCCGGCUGUGGACCUCCUUCAGCUGCGCGGCCGACCCCUACAGCCCCCUCAACUUCCGGGGUCCCCUCCGGACCCGAGACGAAAGCAGGGGCCCCGGCAAGAGGCCGGCCCCCCCGGCCCGCCCGGCCCCCCCGUCUCCCUUCCUGAGCCCGGACGCAGAGGACCGGAUGGACAGCGGCUUCUCUGAGGCCAUGGUCCUCCCGGUCCAGCCCGCCCCCUGCAGCGCCAAGCUGAAAAAGGUAAGGUUUGUGGAGGAGGUAGAGGUGUUCUACGCCAGCGGCGACGAGGACAGGCGUGGCCCGUGGGAGGAGUUUGCCCGCGACCGGUGCCGCUUCUUCCGCAGAGUGCAGGAGACGGAGCACGCCAUUGGCUACUGCCUGGCCCCCCCCUUCCGGCUCAGCAUCUUCAACAGACUGUACCCCAGCUGCUGAGGGCUUCCCCUUGUGCUGUUGUUGUUGUUUGAUUUGUUUGAUUAACAGGAAUUAAUGGAGGAGAUAAAAAAUAAAGACUCAGUGGGCUCAUUCAGGGUGACCAGAGAGCAGGAGAACAGUGUAGUUUAAAUGUCUAAGGGCUCGUUAGUCAUUGUCCAAGGAACCUAGCCUGAAGCAGGCUAACAUUUCACUCGAGUUACGUACGCUAACCGUACCUCUACGCAGUGAUCUGAGUUGUGUUGACCGGAAUCCGGAAUGGUUUAUUUUCACAGCCCGACUACACCCCGACCACACCCCCCGCCCAAUCCCAAACUCACUUUGUUUUGAAGUUUCACCCCCAAGCCUGCUCCCCCCCCCCCCCCCUACUUUUUUUGUUUUGUUUACAGCAGCCAUUGCCACUGUAUAGCUGAUCAGGGAAACGACACGUGAACUCAGUUCGGUGUUGUUCCUGGCUUCCUGCAGGGAUGUGCUGUGGCAAGCUUUUCAUCUUUACAGGAUUACCCAGGAGCCAGCUCUGGGAGCGGACGUCCGGCUCUUCUCUCCCCAGUCCCAAGGUAGUGGGUUGGGCUUUAUGACACCUCUGUGUUUGAAUGAAUACACUAGUAUUGGUUUCUCAUUACGUCUUGGCUUUAACAUUGGCUCUCUCUCUUUCUCUCUAAGUCUGUAUUUUGCUAGAAAGUAUUGAAGUCGAGUGCAGUGGUGUGUGUUCAGGUUCCCCAUUGCCUUGGAUUGAUAAAAGGAUUCAUUAGGAAACGUGUGUGUGUUGCUAAUUUUAUUAUAACUACAAAGGCCAAAGGAGACACACUUAAAUAAGUUCUGGAACUUAAUUCUUUAUUCAGUAUUUAACUUCCUGUCCAUCCCAGUAAUGAAGUUGCCCCCCUUGUAGUUCUGAAUAUGAACACUCUAAAUAACCAGUUAUUUUUUGUCUGUUUUUAAGCAGAGCUUAUUUCAUUAUCUAUUUUUGGGCGAGGGUGAUUAUGGGAAAGGUUCUAAGUCACUUGGUAACUAUUUUGCAUGAAGCUUAUUUUAAAAAUACUUCAUUUCCAUCCUUAACAGCUGCAUUCAAUUUUUGGUGUGAUCCUUUUCAUAGAAACAGUAUCUAGGGUGGGGUUUUUUCUGUCUCGUUCAAACAGAGGCAGAUUCUGGGAGGUUAAAAGAUCGUACAACACUAUGUGGGGAAGUGUGAAGAGAGCACAACAUUCUGGGAAAUGUAGUCUUUGGGGGGGGGGGGGACUGUUGUGUUUGGAUAUUAAUAAACUACAAAGGUGAUUCAAGGUAGUACUACAAUUACAUGAAAUUGUUUUAUUUUUCUAAAACACCUAGAGGUUUAGUGCUUUUUGCAUCCAUUUGAGAUUUUGUGACAAACGAAAUUUAAUGUAUGCGUAUUGAAAUGUGCAAAUUUCAACUGAAAGUACUAAUAAAAAAAAAUAAUCUUGAAAUAA